GCAACAUCGAAAGCGAAAAGGGAGCUGACAGUAGAGGAGCUAUGCAGCCCGGAUCAGCAGGACUUGUGCCGAGGAUUCCCAUGUUCACAGCUCCAGACAUUCUGACAAUGUGGGAUCAUUGAGACAUGAGCCUUGCUGCAGCUUAACAGAUUUUCUAAGAGAUACUCAUAUCAAUCAGAGAGUAGGCCAAUGGAUUCCAGGAUUCCUCACAGCAUCACUGUUGUGCCCAAUGCAGUCAUGGUGCAGCCUCUGCUGGAUGGUCGAGUUCCAUAUGGGAGGUUGCAGCACCCUCUGACCAUCCUGCCUAUCGAUCAGAUGAAAACCACUCAUCUUGAAAAUGAUUACAUUGACAACCCAGCUCUUAGCCAGCUGGCCAGUCAGAAACUCAGUAGGAGUCCUCAUGAACCAAUUCUUGUCAAUCAACAUUUGCAGAGGUGUGAGGCUGAUAUCACCCACCCUUGGAUAUCAUUCAGCGGGCGUCCCAGCUCAAUUAGCAGCAGCAGUAGCACUUCUUCAGAUCAGAGACUUUUGGAUCACAUGGCUCCACCUCCAGUGGUGGAUCAGUCACCACCCAGGGCAGUAAGGAUACAGCCUAAGGUCAUCAAUUGUAAGCCUCAGGAUGUCAAAGGUCCUGUGGCCCAAGAACUAGACAAGCACUAUCUACUUUGUGAGGCCUGUGGUAAAUGCAAAUGCAAAGACUGUACUACCCCACGGACCUUACCUUCCUGCUGGGUUUGCAACCAGGAAUGUCUUUGCUCAGCACAGAAUCUAGUCAACUACUCAACUUGUAUGUGUCUGGUCAAGGGAGUCUUCUACCACUGCACCAACGAAGAUGAUGAAGGCUCCUGUGCAGAUCACCCAUGUUCCUGCUCUCACUCUAACUGCUGUGCUCGCUGGUCUUUCAUGAGUGCCUUAUCGUUGGUCCUUCCUUGCUUGCUUUGCUAUCUUCCAGCCACUGGGUGCGUUCAACUUUCUCAGAAAUGCUAUGACCAGGCAAGUCGACCUGGUUGUCGGUGCAAAAAUACAAACAGUGUCGUGUGCAAAGCACCAGAAGCAGUCGGCAGACCAGAGAAGCCAUUCUGAGACUGAGGGUGUUUUAUGAAUUUUGUUACAAAGAUGCAUCAUGCAGGAAAUGAAAGACUCCAAACAGAAUAUCCUCACCUGAGGCUUCAACUUCAGAUUUCUUAAAUGAGGGGGUCCAGCAAUGCUUAGUAUUACACAAAGGGAGAGGAGGGAAUGCAGAUUGUGUAUUGCUGUUGCUGCUGUGAACCAUUUCCAGAUCCUGUGUGCUUACUCGAUGGCCAUGGGAGAUAUCUUGAAGCUACUAGCUACCUGUAUUUUAUCUACAGCUACCAUUAGGAAAUGAGAUUUGUGCUUCUCAGUUAGCAUGGAAGCUCGCCAGCUCCAGUUCUUCCUCACAAGCUUCUCCCUUUGUUUUUUUAAGCUGAAAGUUUCAGUAUGCAGCUCAUUUACACCUCCAUGGAUGUGCGAGGGCUCUGCUGCCAUUUUGUUAUGUAACAUUUUUGUGUCUGUGGUUUAUUGCUGUUUUUGUAUUUUUAUAUACUGUACAUGUAUUACUUUCCCUAUACAAGUAUUUUUAUAUUUUUGGCUAAUGAAGGCAGUUAGGAGAUAAGAGUGCCAAGGGUACUAAUGCAAUCAACAUGGUGGCUACAUGGAGCCUUCUUCCUCCUCUGUGUUGAAUAUGUUCCUCCCUGCCUAUCAUUAGCCUGCCAUGCUGCCCUUUUCUAACACUCCAUUUUGUUUAUGGGAAAACUCUCUUCUACCAGUCCCCCUCCAUCAACAUAUAAAACAUUCGUAUUCCAAGAAGUCAUUGGUUAAACCUUCUAAUGACAAGGGAGACAUCCCAGCAAUGGCAGCACUGGGCCAUCAUUAUUGCCAGGUUAACCCCUUAGUGCAUGGCAGGAGCUUGUGCUGCUCUACUGCUGGAGGUAUAAGAGCACAAUACCCAUUUUGUAACCAGAGACAACAAAAGCGUAGUGUUCAGGAAAGAGCAUAACAUGGAGGAACAUGAAUCCAU